GUUUGGUCCCAGCAUCAACCUCGAAACACAAACACAAUUCGAAACAUUACGCACCAAGUUUUCCUCUCUAGCUUCUAAACCCGAGUCCGCACCAAGGCCUGGUCUCCAACACCUACACCCUCGCGCCAAAUCGAAAUUUGCUUCUCACCAGCUACCAUCCCGACCUUGCCGCUUUCGCGCCAUCCUCCGCCAUGCCCAUCCGCAACCCUUUUGCCCGCCGUCCGGGCCCUGCCACUCUCCAUGCAGACGAAAACUCACGACCCGAUGGCGAGAACCCGUCGCAUCCCGGCUUUGAGAAGCAAGACACGGUCGGAUCCAAAGCUUCCUCUUCCCUCAGCGUGAGGAGUUCCAAGAGCCAGGACAAUGGCGAAUACAAGAUGAGUGUCGUAAAUGACAGCGGCGUCUAUCUUCCGCCAUCCCCAACUGAAGAAAAAGGCCUGUGGCCGAGCAAGUACCUCGGCUCUGGCCGCAACUCGACAGACACUCGCAGCAACAGCGGCGAGAUUGAGCACUUCUCUAUCUCGAGGGAAUCGUUCGAUUCGUACAGGCGAUCGUUUGUAUGUCGAGGCUUUGACAUCACAGCACGGUCCCCAAUCCCCCAGAACGACUUCCCAGCGCGCCAAAGUCUCGAUUCAGCCCGUUACCCUCGCCUACCUCGAUCCGCGCUUGACAGACACCGGGAACUUCCUACGGCUGACGAGGGCUUCGAAGACGUCGGCUUAGACGACCAGAAGCAUCAACAACAACAUCACCAAUCCAGCCGCAUGCGCGGCCUGUUCUCGCGCUUCGGAGACUCAGACCACAAGGAGCCGAGCGCCAACUCGCCCAACUCGAGCGUCACGCGCUUCCUGAACGGCGCUGGUAGAAAGCGCGGCCAAAGCGGACAGGGCUCAGAGUUAGGAACCAUCGAGCGCCCAAAGUCGGCGGCGUCUGUCGAGACUACCGAAAUUCAUUAAUCGUUCUCCCGGGCAUCAUUUUUAAAGUUUGUAUAUACGUCCUGUCGAUGCGGCCCUCGACGGCUUGGGAUUUGGCGUUAUUGGGUGGGAUAUGUCCCAAAGUAUGGGGUGCAUUCGCUAUGACAUGGUUAGAGUUGGGCCAACCAGCCUGUACACUCGUCGGGUUGAGCCGCGUUAUGCAUAUACGGGCGGUUGCAAGUCAACCUGGCGAGCAGAGCUCCGAGUCCGAGUGUCUUGGAAAUAAGCUCUUAAUGAUAAUGAUAUUGGUUGACAUGUCUUGGCCUCAGGGUUCUGCUGCGUAGUGACAUUGCCCGUGACCUACCUUAAAAGGUGUUAGGCACAGUCAGUCCGGGAUAUGAACGAGGAUUACUCACUGGAAUGGCUGAAAUCAUGGUCCGAACCUCGGAGGCAUGACUGGCGGAGACUCGUCAGGCAUCGUUGUUCCAAUCGUCAGUAUGCUUUUUGACGUGAU